CACACACACACACAGGCACGCGCCGGCUGAGCCUCCAGCGGCUGCCUGAUCCGCACCGGACGCAGGGAGGGAGGGAGGCAGAGCGGCGCCCUUCCCGGCCACAGGCAGAGCCGAGAGCGGGGAGCCUGCCCAUGGCUGACAAGAGCUUCAUCGAGGAGUCCGAGCUAUGCCCGCGGAAGGACGAGGCUCUGGAGUGGGGCUACGAGGAAGGAGUGGAGUGGGGACUGAUCUUCCCUGAUGCAAAUGGGGAAUACCAGUCUCCGAUCAACCUGAAUUCGAGAGAAGCCAAUUAUGACCCUUCUCUCCUGGAAGUGCACCUGACACCAAACUAUGUUGUCUGCCGGGACUGCGAAGUCAUUAACGAUGGGCAUUCGAUUCAGAUUGUCCUGAAGUCAAAAUCAGUGUUAGUAGGUGGGCCAUUACCUCGGGGACAUGAGUUUGAACUAUAUGAUGUUCGAUUUCACUGGGGAAGAGAAAACCAGCGUGGUUCUGAACACACUGUUAAUUUUAAAGCUUUUCCCAUGGAGCUCCAUCUAAUGCAUUGGAAUUCUACACUAUACAACAGUAUUGAAGAGGCAGUUGGGAAAAAGCACGGAAUAGCUAUUAUUGCUUUGUUUGUGCAGAUAGGAAAGGAACAUGCAGGCCUAAAGGCUGUCACCGAAGUUCUUCAGGACAUCCAGUACAAGGGGAAGUCCAAAACAAUACCCUGUUUUAAUCCCAACUCAUUGUUACCAGAUCCUCUUCUACGUGAUUAUUGGGUUUAUGAAGGCUCUCUCACCAUUCCGCCCUGCAGUGAAGGUGUUACCUGGAUAUUGUUUAGAUAUCCAUUGACUCUGUCCCAACUGCAGAUAGAAGAGUUUCGAAGACUGAGGACCCAUAUUAAAGGUGCAGAACUUUUAGAAGGCUGUGAUGGGAUAUUAGGAGAUAACUUUAGACCAACCCAGCCACUUAGUGAUAGAGUUAUCAGGGCUGCCUUCCAGUAGCAGAAGAAGAACGGCAACAAAACAAAUCUUUAUACAUUGUGGCCUAAAUCAUCCCUUGUACAGAAUAACAAAAAAGAAAGAAAGGAAGGAAAUACUUACAUUCCCUUUGUGGUAUUGUCCUGGCACUGUCCACUGCUGGAAAUGUUUGAGGGACUUCAGUCUUUUCGCAACACUAAAGGCUUCAAGGAUCCAUGGAGAAAGCACCUUUUCUGCUAUGUGGAGCCAGGGAAACAUUUUGCUUUGCAUGUUCUUCACCUCAGUAAAAGUAUGGCUUCAAUAGGAUCUUCCUGAUACAGACUGAAACCCCCUGUCACUAUUUAGUAGCAGCUGUGAAGGUAACAGAGUACCCAGCUAUAUUAUCUCUCACAUGCAAAAGUAGAGGAUGGUGUUGGGGAUGCUAUCAUUUCUACUGUCAGACUGUUUCCUGAAACAAUGCCAGUACACCCAAUAAUUCAUGGAGGGGCAUCCAUGUACUAGGCAGCUUACAGGUGUAAAAAAACCCCAGCACUUUAAACUCUGUGCACCCACACGCAGAGCACAAUGCAUGCUCAGAAGAAGCAUCGCAUUAGCUGGACCUGGCUCACCCAAAAUUUGUAUAGAUUGGGUGUUUUAGUGAGGCGUUAUGGUGCUUUUAUUUAGUAGGUGAUUGAAUCAGCUUUAAAUAAAAAAAAUGCCAAAAAGCCCUGCUGAAGCACGCAAUCUAUACAAACCCUGCAGAGCUGGGUCAAACUAAUGCGGGAGAGCUUUUUGGAGUUUUUAUCUAAAGCCAAUUCAAUCAGCUACUAGAUAAAAGCACCAAAAAAGCCAGUCUAACACACCCAAAAUAUACAUAUGUUGGGUGAGCCAUGUCCAUCUAAAUGCGAUGCUCUUUUGUGGUUCAACAACCUGCACAUAUUGCACAUUAAACCACUCAUGGCACUGCUAAUUUGCAGCACAGGGGCAAAAUUUGGUACUGGGAUUUCCCAGUAGCAAAAAAGCAACCCCCCCGCAAAACCCAAAAACCCCUGGAAAAAAAAAGUGAUGCAAAGCACACCAAAAUAGUGUGCAGUGGGACAAACAUGGAGACGGGGAAGCAGGCAGUCCAUCUCUACAUGCUGCUGUGGAGUCCCUACGGUGAUGUAGACCACGCCCCUGUGAGCUGUGGACAGCUGGCUGGGGCACUGUGGGCCUCAGGACAGGGGAGUAGGCUGCCUGCUUCUGGGUCUCCACAUGCCAUUCCCUGGCUGGCUGGGGCACAGGGUGCCUCAAUGAAGUGGCUACCUGCUGGCUAGCCCUGUACUGAGGCACUCUGUGCCCCAGCCAGCCCCUCCUUAUAGCACAUGGAGCAGCACACCGAGAGCUGGGAGGAGCUGGGCAUGGGCAGUUUCCCACAGCGGGACAAUGUGUUCUGCAACAAAGUACAUAUUCAGGGACAUGCGCUAUGGCACAAUGUAGUGGCACAAAUUUGUGCUGUUACAAGCUCAUGCCCCUGAUCAUCUGCAUGCAGCCUACAUGUAUAAAGGCUAGCAGACUGUUGAUUCUCAGUGCUCCUAUAUAUAGAUAAUAUGACCAUCUUCUGUUUUUCAAGUCAGCAUAGUGCAGCUGUUUGGUAGCUGGUUUGCUGCCAAUAAACAUGGUAGAACCCUUCACAAAUGUCAGAGUUCCCUUGACUUCAUUGGUCUAUCAGAGAAAAGCAGAAACAAAUGAUUAAGGGGAAUGUGGUAGACAGACAGGAAGACUAGAGAGAAGUCAGAAUGAAGCAGGAUGUGGGCUCCAUGUAUGCCACAUUCAUAAAUCUGCAGAACAUCUGCUCCUCAGCACUGAUUGAAUCUCUUGCAGUGCUAAGCAAAACAUUGUGUAAUUAUGAAACAAUGUAAUAUAGUACAAUGGCAAUAGAUUUUGGUAGUGCAUUUAAAGAGCUCUAAAAAACGGAGGCUAAAAUGACAAACAGAUAUUUUAUUCAAAGUUUAAACAAACGAAUAGUAUCUUUUGCAGUCUCUCUAUACAAUCAGUAUACGCACUAGUAAAUCUAUAAAGUAAAAUUUAGAGACGUAGCAUAACCUUUAGUGUCAACAGUCAGGCAUUUUAAAUGCUGAAUUAAUACUGAUACCAAUCAGUGUGAAUAUUAGAAAUGGGAAUUUUGUUAUGCAGUGUUGGCUACUGGGAUGAUAUUUCCAAAAGCAUCUCUUCUACAACUUCUUUGCUAAAAUGACAGAAAAAGACACAGCCUUAGGGUUUUCCAAAUAAAUAUUAUGAAACCACAGUUAACAUGUCCAACAAUAUUUUUCUCUCCUUGUCCCUCCCACAACAGGGUUGAUCUUUCUUUGAAAGAUCGUCAUGGGUCUUGUUACCUGCUAAAAAAACAACCUGUUCCUUUUGCUAUUUCCAGCCUUUCUUGAACCUCUCCAGCCCACAUCACAGGGCACCUAUACAUGUGAUGAACUUCUGCUCUGACACGUGCUAAUUAGCAUAUGUCAGGGCAAACUCAAUUAAUCAAGUCUGUGUCACGUGUAUUCAGCAUCCCUUUGUUUCAGGAUGGCAGCAGGGGUGCUUUAACUACAGCUCAUCAAACAAGCUUUAGUUAAAGCAUGCCUGCUGCCAUUUUGAAAUGUGGGAUGCUGAAUACAUGUGAUGCUGCGGGCAUCUGAGAGCUGCUCUAAUUGAAGUGUCCCCCCUCCACCCCAGAGCAUGUAUAUAGAUGCCCACAGAUCGCUGGCUUGAGUUGAUUCACAACAGUCUAAUAACCUAGUUGAGAUGCAUGAGGCUAAAACCUCUUAUUUAUUUUUUUUGCAGGGGGUGGGGGGGAUGCGGUUAAAUUCAACCAUGCAAAGUUCAGUACAAUAAGAAUUGAUUUUAGAAGAAGGUGAUCAAGUGAAAAUAGGAGCAGUGUCACAAACUCUUGUGAUUUUAUUGAGAGACAUGCAAUAUUUUCCGUUUUUUGUAAAGCCUUUCAAGCUUGGAUUAGGUCAUUGCUCAAUAAACUUGAGUUUUUAUUUUUUCUGUGCAGAAAACCUCAAAAAUGUGGAUUUGAAAUGCUUAAGAUCUAGCAGGCAAAUAAAGAGUACCUCAAAUGUAUUACAUUUUUACAAAUCCAAUCUUGUGAUAUAUUGGGACCCGACUCAUUUAUUUUUGAAUGAGCAAAGUUGUCAAUAUUGCAGAAGUUUAACACACAAAUGAUCUUUUUGGGCUAAGCACAUACUUAUCUGAUGUGUAGACAGGCACUUUUUCAAUAGUGUAUUUUUCAUUGGAGAUUGCACUGUGUAUGAUUUCCUAUUGAUCUAUUACCCUCUACAUAAUCUUUGUCACUUUGCAGAUAACAGACUUGAUAGAUGUGCCUCGUGCUCUGUUAUAUCAAUGGAGCAGUCUUCAAAUACCUACUAAAUCCUUAAUUCUGGAAUAUGCUGAACACUGGCUUUAAAUCAGCAAGGAACUUAAACAUGUCAAAUUUUAGUCACAAGUAAUUACAUUAAUUUCAGUGGCACUACACCUGCUUGAAGAGUAGAUGCAUGUUAAAGUACCUUGCAGAACUGAAAUUGUUGAGCCUGAUCCUACGUGCAUUGUAGCUAAUUGUAAAGCUUCCAUAAAUUUGAAUGCUGCAGAAUUAGGCUAUAAAUGCUAAUUUCAAGGGUAAAUGAAAUCAAGGAGAAUCUUUCCAUUGACUGCAAUGACUAGUUAAAAUUAUUGUUGGGGAAAAAUAUUUGCACUACUUUAAGGAUACAUUUUAAUUUGUUUUUCCAUUGGGGGGGGAAAAAAAAACAACUAAAGAAUUGGUCUGCAAUAUAUUAUUCUUUUUUAAAAGUGCUUUGAAUUACAUAAAAUAUCUUUUAAAAAAAUUUUGAGCCCUACAUCAAAUAGGUUAUUUUAUAGCCAUGGCAAUAGUUCCCCAUCACCCCGAGACCUAACCUAAAUCUGAUGGUCAUGACUGAUUUUAAAACUCCCUACAUUGUGGGCCAUGUAUAUACAUAUAUUUGUCUGCUCUGACAUGCAGGAAGGCAUUGAAGCAGACUCAGUCAAGUCUGCUCUGCACACAAGCUGACGCUGCAUUGCAUGUUUGUAUAAGUGGUGAAAUGUGCGUCACCGCUGAGAAAAUGGUGGUGGUGCGCUUUUGAACUACCUUUGAUGUACUUUAUUUCAAAAAGCGCACCACCACCAUUUUCUCAGUGCUGAUGCACAUUUCACCGUUUAUACAAAUGUAACUUGUUCAGAGAGGUAUGAGCUUUCAUAGGCUUUGUGAGAUAUAUUUGACAAAGUAGAUUGUAGGCUAUGAAAACUUAUGCCUCUUUGAAUGAGUCGGUCUAUAAAGGUACCACACUACCCUAUCUUCUGCCUAAUUUUAGACUGACAAGGCAAACUAACUUUCUCUUUCUGCUAUGUCAUGUAGCAGUGGGUCUGUGUAGUGCAUGGGAAUGAGCACUGUAUUCAUAAACAUAAUAUUGUACACUUGUAUGAAACUAUGGAGUGUGAAUGAAAGCCCAGAUCCAGGUUGAUACAUACAGUUAAACAUCGUCAUUAUGAGUCUGAAUUAAGGAUGCUGCAAUUCUGUUUACUGCCUUUUCUUGGUGAACAGCCGAGACAGAUUUCUGAGAACAUGACAUUUUUAUGGAAGUUGACACUACCAAUCAAUAUGUAUUUUUCAUCUGUGUUACCAGAAGCAUUUGCAGUUCCUAAGGCUCACAAAGAAGUCACCCUGGGGAAAUUUCAACACUUUGGGAUUUUAUCCUUUCCUGUUAUGUUGAUGCAGUAGCUGGAACAAGUUUCACCAGUCAUUCAUCAUUAUGAUAUUAUUACCAUUCUUCUCUUUUUCCUCGUUUCAAAAGCACUAUCAACAGUGGCUUGUUAGAAAUAUAAAUAUUGUGGUUUUUUUUCUCUAGACAUGAAAAAAGUAGGGUAAUUUAAACAUUUAAAAAUGGUUCUGUUUCUCAACGAAGGGAUUUUUCAGCCUAACCAUUUCAAUUCCUCUUCUUGUGUCUGCUGGUUCUGUGUUUAAGAGAGGAUUGGCCUGACAGUUAAUUCUCCCCAUUUCAUAAGACUCUACAGUAUGUUGUCAGUAAUGUUUAGCAUUGUGCUUCCUUUUAUAAUGGCUGUUAUAUACCAUCAUGAUGCUCCACAGUCUGUCCCCAAAUCAGCAAGGGCCUGGAUCCCCUGAAUAGUUCUACUGAAAUCAGUAGGAGUAUUUACAUGCUGCUGGAUCAGAACACAAGUGCUUAGCACUAGAGAUGACCAGGGUUCAAAUGACACUCACUCUUGUUGGGGUCCGCACAAAAAAAAAAAAUAAAAAUAUUAAACUGGCUCAUAGAUUAACAAGUCCACCUAAGUGAAGGAGCAAUCUGAUUGGAGAUCCCCCUCCCCCAGGUUGAUUUUCAAAUAUUAUAGGGGGGCUCUCAUUUCUUGUGGGGUGUUCAGCCCCCUGAGCUCCCCCUUAAUUUGCACCCUGGGGAUGAUUGAGCCCAUAGGGAACUUGUACACGUGAUGAAUGGCUGUUGUAUAUGUGAUAAAAUUGCCCCUUUUAGUGGUUUAAUUGCCUAACAGUGUACAUGUUUGGUGGCAUUGCAAUUAAAUUUCACAACAGUGUACAUCUGCAGCGGCACAUUUUGAUUUAACUGACUCUUUAUGUACCAAGGAAAAACACAUUUGAAGUAUUUUGGUUUGCUGCUUAACAAAUUACAGAGAUAUUUGUCAUGUGUACAAGGGCCCACACAUCUGGAGGUGGCAGCAGGGAUGGUGCAUGGGGUGCUGGAAGCCCAGGCAUACUCUGGGAAAUUCAGGCUUGGAGGGCUUCCAGUGCCCCAUGCAUGGUCCCUGCCACCUUCUCCAGCUGCCAGCACAUCCAGUUGCCCUCCUGCCAUGUUCCUUCACUGCCCCAGGGGCAAGCUUGCCCAUUCCUGGAUGGUCAGAAGCAGCAGGAAGGUGUCAGGGAUGGUGCAUGGGGUGCUGGAAGCCCACCAAGCCCAAGUUUCCCCGAGCAUGCCUAGGCUUCUAGUGCCCCUUGCACCACUGGAUCUAGUGGGUGCUAGCUAUGUGGGCAGCACCCACACAGCUAGCACCCCACCUGAGCAGCUCCAAGGGGUGCCACCACCAUGUAAGGAAGCACUGGGCCCCCCUGCAGCUCAGGGGCUGUGCAGCCCAGUGGCAACUUGUGUGGGCAGGCUCCACUGAGAAGAAAAAAAAAAAGUGGCAAGGGGCCUGAUUUUUUUUUCCCCUUCCAGAGCCUGCCCAUGUCUCCUGUAGCCAGAAAGUGAGCUGCCAUUGGAUUCCAAGGCCCCUCAGCUGUGAGGGGGCCCUGGUGCUUGCCUCCUGAGUGGCAGCACCCCCCAGGUGGUACCCGCCCAGUGGCACGCCAUCCAGGCAGUCCCAGGUGGUGCCACUACUGCAGAGGGAAGCACCAGGGUCACCCACAGCUCAGGCAGUGCUCAGUCCACCAGCAACUUGCUCACAUGGGCAGGCUCAGGAGUGGGGGAGGGGAAAGAAAAAAAAAAAAGGAUCAGGCCCCUCACUGCUUCCCCCCCCCACCGCUUCAGCAGAGCCUGCCUGCAGCAAGGGUUUGGGGGGCAUGAGAUGCAGGGGCACUUCCACAUGCCUUAGUGGGCCUUAUGCCCAGCCCUACCCCCUCACCAGUUGUCUAUCAGCACCUGCGGCCUGGGGGUAAGAGUGGGGGAAAGAGAGUCUCCCUGCCACACAGACCCAGCCUGGCUGGCUUGGGUCUUAGGGUGGGUGGGGCUGGGCCAGGUCCAUUCCAUGUGGCAGGGGGGCUCCCUUCCCUGCCACCCCCAGCCGCAAUUUCUGGCACAGCAAAAAGCCCCAUGCUGCAACUUCUAGCUGCCAUUGUCAGGAGUGGUAGGGGAAGGAAGCCACACUACUGCAAGGGCCUCCCCAUUGUGACGGUUCUCCUACAGCUUGUGGCUGGGGUCUUGCAGUGGGUGGGGGGAAGGUUCAUGCUGCAGGGCGUCUCCUUUCCUCCCCUCCCCUCCCCCACUUGCCCUGAGUUUGGUGACAGCUAUAAUUAGAAGCUGCAGUGCAGGGCUGAGCUGCCUGGCCAAGUUUUUUCAUGUGCUAGGAAUUGCAGUAGGGGGAAAGGGAGCCUGUUUCCCCUGCCCCUGCCCCCGCCCCCCACCUCUGGCCACUCAGGGAGAAGACAACCUUUUCUGUUUCCUCUCUGUGAGAGCCUGGGGAUGGGGCUGUGCUGGUGCUUCUCUAUUCAGCCAAAGCUAGCAAGCCACUUAGCAAGUUGCCUAAUUUGCAAUGCCUUAACUCACGAUGGAUGUGGUACAGACAUUUGAUAAAACACUGUAACAUAAAGUGCUUUAGUCUAAUAGCACAUCCAUCAAGUAUAACUUAGAAUGGGGAUCCACCAUUUUUGAAGCACUUCACGUACCAUGAAAGUCUGUUCUGUUAUGGCUUUGAAGUGCUUUCUGUGCACUUAAUGCACAUUAAGUAUAACAUCUGCACCUAGCUUAAGAUGAUGUAGUAACUUUUUAAUCAGCAUAUUGCAAUACCACACAACAGGUAAGGAAAGAAAUUAAAUACACUGCUUUAUUCAGCUAAGUGACAGAGGGGGAAUUUAAGGAAUUUCAUAAUGCAACCUAAGUGAAACUUAAAUCCUGAUGGUCACACCUCUACUCUUCAGUUUUUAAUUAAUCAUUUUUAUGUGGACUAAUUUAAUUAAAAUUGAAUGUAUAUUAAAAUAUAUGUUAAUGAAUUAGAAGAUACAUCUGAAAAAUGUACUGUUGACAACCAGGGAGGUAUUCAUUUUAGAAAACACAGCAAAACACUUAUGAUUUGUGAUUCUAAUUUUAGCUCAGAGUAAUUGUUCUGUGUUAUUACUAAAUUCUUUAUCAACAUUUAUGAGCUAUAGAAAAAUGUGUAUAGUGCAGGGCUUAUUAAAUAAGUAAUUAUUUUUUCUAUAUUUUUAUAUAAUCCACAACUUGGAAUUAAACUUACUCAUCUCUGGGUAUUAUCAAUGACCUGCUGGCAAAAUGCAUACAAUGGGGGUCUCAUCAUGGUGCAUAGCACUUAACUCUGAACAGAUAAGUAGUUUUGUUGCGUACUGUUGAUUCCAAUGGUAAUAAUCAAUAAUAAGAUAGAAUUCAACAUAGGUAAUAUCACAAUCUGGCCUUAAAUAAAUAAAUCAGAAAAUCAUGGGAAAAAAAUCUUAAGAUGUUGCAGAAAAGUGAAUUUUGCAUCAGAGAACUCUUCUCUUCACAUCUGAAUCCAUGCCCCAAACGUGGACUCAGAGGCUGUGUCCAAAUGAGCACAAAUGUGUACUAUGUGGUGCUGCAGAUCCGUCUGUGAUGCCAUACGCUGCAUAUGCAGAUGUUCCCCAUGCUACCUUGUAGUGCAGGGGUUGAGGUUUUUUUGUUUGUUUUUUUUGACACCAGGAGAUCCCAGGGUCAAAAAAUCCCAUACCAAAAAAAAAAGCUGGGUUGGUGUACAUGGCAGCAGUGUGCAUCAUCCAGAACUGGAGCCUGGCCAGCUGGAGCUAGCUGCCAGCCAGGCUCCCAGCUGCAGGACUGCCAUGGCUGCAGCUCCCCAAUGCCCCCAGGACCCCAGGUAAGGCUGCUGGGGCUAGCACAGUUGAUGCCCCCCGCCUCCCUUAUCCCACCUAGGGUAACCUGCUGUGCACCAGGGGGCGUGUAGCACGCGUGUUCUCUGGGGACAAGUAGCAGCAACACAGGGUGUGCUGAUGCUACUUGUCCCAGGGAAACAAACAUCCACCCUCAUGUGGAUGCAGCCAGCAGUACCGUCUGUUUUUACUCCACGAUCAUGAUCAUUUUGUAGCAAAAUGUCAGAGUGGUUUUGCCACCCAUUCUCCCUUGAAAAAGAAAAAUUAAAAUUUGGGGUGUGUUGUUAUUGCUUGGUUGCAAGGACUUUUAAAAAAUUUAAAUUGAGAUAAGACUUUAAAUUGCGUAAUAUUGGAGAAGUGGAAAGAGAUAAUGGGAGGAAGCUGGAGUAAUGGCAAGGGUGAGGUGGUGCAAGGUGCAGAAGGAGAGAAGCUUUACUAAAGAAGAAUGAGGGGACUGAGAAUGCCAACAAGUUAGGUCACUAGCCAUUUCAGCAAUGGGAAAAUUCUUCUGAUGCCCUGCAGGUGUCCUGGCCAGGGAUUGCAGCCUUUAUUCCUCUUCUGCCACCUUAACCAGCACACUCCCUUUACUCCUGGAUGCCUCCCUAAAACCGUUAGAGAUGCUUUACCUGAAACCGUUCUGACAGACUUGCUGGUGGUAUACAAACACCUUUGAAAAACAGUUCAUUAGAUGAGUGUUUUAUGACACCUCCCUAACUUUCUCUCUCUCCAUGUCCUCUAUCACCAAUGGUUGUUUGUAUGGUUUGUUACUUAAACAAUAAAUAUAUAUCUGAAUCUCUUUCUACUGCUAUUUCUCUAUGAAGUCAUAGUCCUACGCUUAACAAAAACUACCCACAGGGGCAGAUCACUAUGAUUUAAAAAAAAGUUUUGAUCAAGAGGAUUUUCUCUGAAGCAAUAAAUGCUUUUAGGCAAGUGGCCUUUGCAAUAAUAUAUUAGCAGAAUUGCCUUGAAAACGGAACAGUUGUCAAUUUUGUAAUGAAAAAAUCAGUAAUUCUAUACUGCUAAUGAAAUAUGUCAAUAUUUAUUUCUUUUACAAUUGUUUUAAAGUGUGGUAUGAUGAUAAUAGGCCACCAAACUCCCCUGAGUAGAAUGAUUCAGCAAGCUGCUCUUUAGGAAAGAAUGCUUCACCUGCCUUGUACCUCAAAGCCAACAGGGCUAGUUUUUGCGUGCAGGAUUCCACACAAAACAGCUUGCAGGCUUAGAGGCAUAAACUGCAAACCAACGUUGCAUCUGGGAAUUCUUCUAAAUAUGAUUACACACACCUUUCCUAGAGGUAUGUGAAGCAGAUGUUUCAUCGGAUACACAGUUUUUGUCUACCUUCUGUGCUAUCAAACAAUACUCUAUGGGAUAAAUAUUACUACUUUUAGUUCACCAGCCAAUAUAUGAAAAUACAUACUUUGGUUAGUUUAUAAAGGUACAAAUCUACCCUGCCUUCUUCUUUAGUUCAAAGGGAAUUUAAUUAUGAUGGUGAACUGAGACUAAAGGGUAAACAUGAAUAAUACUGUAAAUCUUCCAAAUGAGUCUCUCAUCAUUCAGUACUUCUGGAAAAAAUACAAUGCAAAAUCCUCACAUUUGUUCAUAAUUAGACUCCUUUCCGUAAGCAUUUCUUUUAAUACAAUAGUUGCCUAAAUCCCAAUUCAACUUAAUUUCACUGACUUUGAUUUCUGGACCAAAAGCAUUAAGCUUGAACUCAGGGAAAAAUGUAUAAUGUGUUCAUUCAAUUAAGGAGUAAUUAGAUACUCAAUCACCCUUACAUCACACUAGGGAUUAGUCAAGAAAGAAGAGAGAUACUACUCACUUCAGUGGAUUGAACAGUUUUGUUAAUUAGUUGAGUGCUAAUUGAGAUUGAGAAAGUGUCAGUGUGUCAUAACAUAUGCUUGCUGACACUUAAGCCUUAAAAAGCAAAAUUUCUGGUUGCUUUCGAGCACUCUGGAUCAGUACUUGCAAACUGAUCCAAUGACUUACUUGAAAGUUAAUAGGAGCUUCUUGUCUUCUAUGGAUUUGGAGUAUGCCUCAAAUAUCUAAGCACCCGCAGAUAACUGUGCCAACAAUACUAAUGAUGUGUUUUUUAUUAUAUGUAGUUAUGUUAUAGGUGGUGCAAAGUAGCCCAUUAAGAAUCUAUUGUUCUGGGCAUUAUAUAAAAUCGGUAAGAGACAGCCAUUUCCUGAAGACUUAACAGUGUUGGAACUUGCAAGAAAAUGGCAUUUGGCAUCAGGAAGUUGACUUCACGUUCUUCAAAUAAACCUGCCUCCAGCUCUAGGGCUUGGGAGAGACAGUACACUUAAACUGGUUUAAGUUAUCAGAAACUGGUUCAAACCUGUAACAGAACACAAGUUCAGUGCACAUAAACCAGUUUCAAAAUGGCUGAAACUGGUUUGAGAUAAACCUGGUUGAAUGUAGUAUCAGACAUAACUGAUUUGGGUCAAACCGGUUUAUGCAACGUCUGUCCCAGACUCCUUCCUGGUUUAAAUUAAACUAGUGUCCCUCAGCAAACUUUUCAUUUGGCAUCAGGAAGUUGACUUCACUUUCUUCAAAUAAAACCUACCUCCAGCUCUAAGUGUUCCUUGAGAACCAAUGAUACUAGGGAUAACAUGCAAGUAUGAGAACACCUGUAGUAGAUUUGAUUUAAUCUUCAUGUUAGAUCUUCAGCUUCAUGCAGCUAUACUAACAGGGCAACUGCUUUCUAACCAGACUGUCCCUGGGCUACUGUAUGAAAAAGCAGGAACACACCCAAGCAGAGGGGCUACAGCUUAAUAUCAUAUAUUGUUUUAGAUGAACACUUGCACCUCAGCCCUCACUAUUCUGCAUUGCAUAUUUAGAUAUAGUAUAUUUGACAUUAAAUUUACCUCAAAAGAUUGAAAAUGUUAGUACAGGGGUUUUCAACUGGGGGUAUGCAUACCCCUGGGGGUACUUCCUCCACUGCUGUUGGUUGGUACUUCCACUGACCCCCCCCACCUCAGGUCACCGAUCAGUCACUGGGGGACUGCCCCCCAGACUGGCUGCUGCGGGGACUCCUUCCUUUUCAACCGGCCACCGGGGGUACACUGACCCAAAAAGGUUGAAAACCCUUGUGUUAAUAAGUUAGGACGAAAUGAUCCAUUAUCACAUUCACCUCAUUCUGGCCUGGGAAAGGGUGCAGGAGAAACUUGGAUAGCUGGUCUUCUGAGCUUUAUACAUCAUUUGAUUGGAAUGCUAUGGGUAUGUGUAGAGCACCUAGCACAAUGAGGUCCCAAGCUAUGAUUAGUGCUCCUACUUUCUGUCUUUAUUAAUAGAAAAAUGGACACCAAGCACUACCUGCUAAACAUCUCCUAGAACAGGGGUGACCAAGAUACAGUACACAGGCUGGAUCCAGCUUGCAGAGUUGUGUCAGCUGGUUUGCAGUGCUCUCCAUGGAUCCAGAUUUUCGGUGGUGGGGGAGCAGCAGCAGCAGCUUUCUGCAGCUUCUCUUGUCACCACAUUUCUGGACCCAGGGGGAGCCCCCUGGACUGGAUAACAUGAGCCCACAGAUUCAGCCUGUGGACCAGCCCCACACCACUCACCCGGCUCACAGAAAGGCCUUGCACACUGGAUUUAGCCUGCAGGGCUGAAUCACUUUAUCAUGAUAUGGCCACCGCUGGGAUGACCAUGAUGUUCCUAGGGCAUUGUGACCAUGCCAGCUCUGCCCUGUUGGUGCCUACUAAUCUCUCCUGUUAUGUCUUCCUGUUAUAAGUUAUGAAUUGGGAGGCUGCCUUUGAGUUGCUGCCUGUCACUCCUCUAAACCCUAUGGGUUGCUAGACCCCUUUAUUGUUUCCCACACUCAGAAGGUGCCUUAUGAUUUAGGCCAUAAGGCUUGGGGAUAUGCAUGACUUCAAAACCACCCCUUUAUCAUGCCCCAUGACUCACAGAUGUUAUGUAGAGGUUGUCUUCUUGUGUUGGGGUCAGCUCACUCCCUGUCACUGCACCCUUUCUGGUGCUGGGGUCUCCACACUGUAGUGUGCCCCAGUGAGUCCUCCUCCUCUCCAAUAGCCUCAUCCCGGUCCACCAAUUUAAAUAACAACAGAAAGCACAAGUCCCUGAGCUAUAACACAAUCAUAACAUAGGGUCCACGCUCUAACCUCUUUUAGAAAACAAACUUCUCUCUCACUUUACUGGGCCUCCCCCUCCCACCAGUAUCUAUGAGCUCCUAUAGCCCCUUAAUCCUACCAGAAGCAGAAUAGGCAAUCAAGCAUCUCCAGUUAGCUUCCUCUAUGAAUGCACCUUCCCUCUUAGCUGUUGCCAGAGAACUAACGUUCUAGUCCCAGCCGUGGGAUUUGUGUGCGCCCAGAGCCCUGCCUUCUUCCAGGCAGUUGACCAGGUGCAGGCUAAUUCCCUCAUGACCCUGCUGCCACAGUAACCUGCACCUGUGGGGUUUCUGCCUGACUGCUAGGGCUCUCUCUCUAGGCAGUUGCUGCCCUUAAGGGAGCAGGCACCUUAGUGCCCUGCGACAGACUUGAACACCACUGUCCCAGACGGUUCUCACCUGCAGACUGCAAUGACAUGUGGGGUGCAUAAUCCAUUGCAUAGUUUGCCUUAUCUAAUUUACCAUUCGUAGUCUUCAUGUUAGCAGCAGUUUACUAUUUGGUCUAGAAUGGCCCUUUUGAGAUGUUAUUGUAAUGAAAUGUUUCAUCUUCUUGUGAGAACAGAGAUAGCACUGCCAGAACAUUCACAUCAACAGAUGCUUAAUUUUCAAUGGAAAUCUUGUCCAGAAAUAUUUGUUGCUAUAUUUUUCUCCCUCACAACAGUUUUACUUCAGUGACCUCUGUGAGUUUCCUUCUGAUUUACAUUGACGAGAGAGAAGAAUCAGGCCCAUCAUAUCACUUGAAGGAUAUACCCUGAAACUCCCCCCACCUGCUGUCAUGAAACUCCUGUUUUUAGUUUCCCCCGUCGCCCUGGCUAGAGAUAAACAGUCUUUCAGACCCACUGUGGAGGAAUUUCAGUAACAUAAUUGUUUCAUUCUCU